CUGAACGCGGCAUUAGAUGAGCAGCUCAUCACCAGCCGCCGUCAGUCAGUCAGGUGUGGCCGCCGCGGUGGGAAGCAUUCCGACCGGAGAGAGCGCUGUUCCAGCGGGCUGUUCCAGCGGGCUCCACCGAGGCUAAAACUAGCGUCUGCCGCGGGGCCUGUUAACAAUGAGUACCGAGUCCACCAGAUGACCGAAGUUCUCUGCAUCCUGCCUUAAAGAAGCGAGAGCUUUGUUCGUGUCUAGAAACAGGAAACGGAGUGACCUCAGCUCACCACAAGAGAAAGUGAAGUGAAAUAAAGGGAUUGAUUGAAGGAACAGAAAGAGGAACGCCUCAUUGUAGAUGCUUUAAAGAAACGAUGCUGGAGCAGUGAUUUAAAUUCAUUACCAAGACUAGAAAAUGCCUCAGUGAUGGAGUAAGUGUGGAUCCAGAAUCCUGCUGUGACUCAAGUGGAAAUCCUCUGCAUGGAUCUGUAACCUGACGUGGAAACAUGCUGCCCGCCGCAGCUCCUGACCACGAAUCUUAAACAUUGCGGCGCUGCGGAAGUGAUGUGAAACUUAAGCCAAGCGGAACAAGUGCAGCAGAUUCUACUGGAAAUGUCCCCACCCUGAAGCUGGUGACGUUCGGAGGUGGAAGUAAACACAAAGUGCAUGUGCACCUGGAGAAGGCAAAGGUCACCUCCUCAUAUGAAACUGGUUUUACUGGGAAAGUCAAUAAGAGGCCAUUCAGAUGGCAGGAAAAGACUACAAUCAUCUCUUUAAGCUGCUCAUCAUUGGAGACUCCAAUGUGGGGAAAAGCAGCCUCCUCCUCCGCUUCGCAGACAACUCCUUCUCUGGCAGCUACAUCACCACCAUCGGGGUGGACUUUAAGAUCCGAACGGUGGACAUCGGCGCAGAGCGUGUGAAGCUGCAGAUCUGGGACACGGCAGGGCAGGAAAGAUUCAGAACCAUCACCUCAACGUACUACAGGAACACCCACGGUGUAAUCAUUGUCUACGACGUAACAAACCCAGAGUCGUUUGUCAACGUGAAGAGGUGGUUGAACGAAAUCUCUGAUAACUGUGACACUGUCUGCAAGAUCCUGGUGGGAAACAAGAACGACGACCCAGCCAAGAAGAAGGUGGACACCCAGGAUGCAAUGCGAUUCGGGGAGUCGGUGGGUGUUCGUGUUUUCGAGACAAGUGCCAAAGAAAAUAUAAAUGUAGAAGAGAUGUUUAUGGCUUUUACUCACAUGGUGCUCCGAGCCAAGAAGCAAUGUCAGGACAGAGCUCAAAGGGAACGGGAGCGCGAGAAAGACACUGUCAACAUCAAUGCCCAGAGAGACCGUGACCGCCGGAAGAGAGGGAAGAAAUGCUGCUGAGACAGAUAACAGAUGGGACUGUUUUGGUCGUUAUUCAUGGUUUAACCUGAGGGAUUUAGUCUGCAGCACUGACCACAAGUAGCGGCUCUGAGGACCUAAAGGAGCACUCUGGUGUUUUUAAUGUUUUCUGGGCCCUCAUGAUGUGUAUGUUUGUUUCUAAAAAUUGCAUUAAAUGUUCCUGAUAGAUCUGUCUUCAUCUUCAUGCAGAUGUUUGAGGAAAUAUGAGCUGAACAUCCUUACCGCUGCAUAUCCCAAUUCAUUCAGAAAUAUUAUGUUCCAAGUUAAAAGAUAAAAACAGGAGACAGGUUGUGGGUUUUUUUGGGAGCAUGAUGGAGGACAAAACUGGACAUGAAAUGAUCGGCUUUAAUAUCAAUAAAGUCAUUCUCAGUAAUAUAUGAAGCUUUGACUUUCUCACCUGAAGCUGCAUUAAUGAAACUAAGCAUCUUGUUUGAAGGUUUUUGGAGGUUUGCAUCAAAUUAGCUGAUUUUAAAAUUUAAUGAGAGCUGAAGCUUUGGGAAAUCUCUCCCCCUUCCAACACUAAAUUCAGCAUUAAAUACUUCUGUGUGCAGAUACGUUUUGACUAACAAUCCUUAAAAAAGAACCAUAUUCUGUUGAAGUGAUGCCUGCACAAUCUUUCUGGUUUUCAGAUCAGACUUGACACUCGUACUGUGAUAAUCUGAGUUUCCAGACAUUUGGUCUGAUUGUAACUGAAACGGGUAAAAACACCAGUCUGUUCCUUUAACUUCACUCCUGAACCUGUUACUUAAAAACAGAACAAAUAUCCUCCAAAAGGGAACAGUUUGUUACUAAACUAACUCUUUAGGGUGUGAUGAGUUUAGUAAUCUGCCAUAUUUCAGUGUACAGGAUUAAUCCCCAGUGAGUUUUAUUUUUUAAUGUUUGCUACCAUGAAUGUUUAAAUCCAAAUAAAGCAAUAAAUCUAGUA